UCAUAAUCAUUUUUCGAUGGCUGCUUUGAAAGGUUAUGGAUUGUGUUCUAUGGACUCUGCUCUUCAAUUCCCCUGUCCAAAGCUAUUCAAUGGCUACAAGAGAAGGAGCUCGAAAUGGGUCUCCCCAAAAGCAGCUGUUGUGCCCAAUUUCCAUCUCCCAAUGCGCAGCUUGGAGGUUAAAAACAGGACAAACACAGACGACAUUAAAGCUCUACGUGUGAUCACUGCUAUCAAAACACCGUAUCUACCUGAUGGAAGAUUCGACCUUGAAGCAUACGAUGACUUAGUGAACAUUCAGAUACAAAACGGCGCUGAAGGUGUCAUUGUUGGGGGUACAACUGGUGAAGGACAAUUGAUGAGCUGGGACGAACACAUUAUGCUUAUAGGCCAUACCGUUAACUGUUUUGGCGGAAGCAUCAAAGUCAUUGGAAACACUGGAAGCAAUUCGACUAGAGAAGCAAUCCACGCGACUGAACAAGGAUUCGCGGUUGGAAUGCACGCUGCUCUUCACAUAAACCCUUACUAUGGCAAGACUUCGAUUGAGGGUCUGAUUGCACAUUUCCAAUCUGUUCUUCAUAUGGGACCGACGAUUAUAUACAAUGUGCCUGGUCGAACAGGGCAAGAUAUACCGCCUCGUGCCAUCUUCAAACUUUCUCAGAAUCCCAAUUUAGCCGGUGUGAAGGAAUGUGUUGGGAACAAGCGGGUAGAAGAGUACACUGAGAAUGGGGUUGUUGUAUGGAGUGGUAAUGAUGAUGAGUGUCAUGAUUCGAGAUGGGAUUAUGGAGCAACAGGAGUUAUAUCGGUUACUAGUAAUUUAGUUCCGGGUUUGAUGAGGAAAUUGAUGUUUGAAGGUAGGAAUUCAUCUUUGAACUCAAAGCUACUACCUUUAAUGGCUUGGCUAUUCCACGAGCCAAACCCGAUUGGAAUUAACACUGCUUUGGCUCAGCUUGGAGUGUCGAGGCCAGUUUUUAGGUUACCGUAUGUACCAUUGCCACUGUCUAAGAGGCUUGAGUUUGUGAAACUGGUGAAGGAGAUUGGACGAGAGCAUUUUGUGGGUGAGAAAGAUGUUCAGGCUCUUGAUGACGAUGAUUUUAUCCUUAUUGGUCGAUAUUAGCAUACUUUUUUUCCUUCGAAUUUUUGGUUCCUUUUGUUUGGUCUUAAAGAAGAAGAGAUGGUUCUAUCGUUUGGUAUUAUGUAGCUGUUGAAUGAAAACUCACGGAAUGA